AUGGGGCAGGCGGGCCGCCGGCUGCCCGCCUUGGCGGCUUUCUUCUACGGGGUGCUGGCGGCUCUGGUGCUGCUGGGGGUGCGGGACGUGCUGUUCCUCUAUGAGGAGAACCGGUGCAGCAUGACCUACAUGUACGAGUAUCCCGAGUAUCUGAAAAUAAAAUUGCCCAAGAAAACAGCCAGAAGAUACCCAGCAUACGAGCUCUACCUCUAUGGAGAAGGGAACUACGCUGAAGAAAACAAAAAUCUCCUGUUGACAGGGAUCCCAGUUCUCUUUCUUCCUGGGAAUGCUGGCAGUUACAAACAAGUACGUUCUCUUGGCUCCAUUGCUCUCAGAAAAGCAGAAGAUGUUGAGUUCAAGUAUCACUUUAAUUUCUUCAGUGUCAACUUCAAUGAGGAGCUGGUUGCACUCUAUGGUGGCAGCCUGCAACGACAGACCAAGUUUGUGCAUGAGUGCAUAAAAGUCAUCCUGAAGUUGUACAGGGGUCAAGAGUUUGCACCGACCAGUGUUGCAAUAGUGGGGCAUUCCAUGGGGGGUCUUGUUGCAAGGGCAUUGCUUACUCUGAAGAAUUUUAAGCCUGAACUUAUAAACCUCCUCAUUACACAAGCCACACCUCAUGUUGCACCUGUGAUGCCUUUAGACAAGUAUCUUACUGAUUUUUAUACAGCUGUAAACAAUCAUUGGAUUCUAAAGGCCCAAGAUUUAAGAAAUUUAACUACCCUUUCUGUGGCGGGAGGAUUCAGAGAUUACCAAGUUCGUUCAGGACUGACUUUUCUACCAAGAUUGAGUCAACAUGACAGUGCCUUAUCUGUUGUGAGCUCAGCUGUGCCUAGAGCUUGGGCCUCAACAGACCAUCUCUCCAUAGUGUGGUGCAAAGAAUUGAUCCUGGCUACCGUUAGAGCUCUUUUUGAUCUUAUAGAUGAAAGCACAAGACAGAUAACUGAGGAUCCAAAGAAGAGAAUGUCUGUAUUGACUCACCACUUUGUGAGACACCCUGCCAAGAUAUUUGAGGAAAAUCCUGAAGCUUUCACAGAACUCACAGGAGCUUUCAUGUGGAUUACAGUCAAAGCCUCAAAAUGGACUUAUUCAGUUUACAAUGACUCUGAUGGAAAAUAUUUCACAUUUCCUCUUGCAAGCCACAGAAAAUCAUACAGUCAUGUUUACUGUGAAAGCAGCAUGUUGGACACAAGUAGCUGGAUUUAUGGCUGUAUGAACAGUAAUUCAUCCAUGUGCCUGGAAGCUACUGAUUUGUCCUGGAGAGCUGAGUUACUGCCAACCACCAAGGUUGUAAUACUGAAACUUCAGGACUAUCCUUCUUUGUCCCACAUUGUCAUUCAGGUACCACCCACAGCUGGCAAUAAGUAUUCUUUGGCCUGUGAAUUCUUCCAAGAGGACUCCAGAACAUUACAGUUUCCUGUAACACAUCUAUUUUCAUUUGGGCUUUCUUCAAGCAAAAUUCUAUUAAAUUCAUCUGGCUUACUCUACAAUGUGCAGCUCCAGCACUUUAACCAAAUAUAUCAAGCUUUCAAAAUUUAUAUAGAGAGCCACUGCCAGUCACUCAAAGAAAGAAAACCUAGUGUUUACAGACUUCAUAUACCUUGGUCACAUGAAGACUCAAUAUUUGUAGCAAAAGUUCCAUCUUCCACUGAGAUUUCUGCAAAGCUGCAUGUUGCUCGGCCUCAAAAUGACACCAGGGUUCCAGAGUUAAAUAUUUACUCUUCCUCAGAUUGUCACUAUGAAGUCAUUCUGAAGACAUCACUUUUGCAGAUUCUUGGGCAAAUAAUAAGAUUCCAUGCUGGUGCUCUUCCAGUCUAUGUUGUUUCUAAUAUUCUUCUUGCCUAUGGAGGACAGUUGAGCACCUUGGUAUCAACAGGCCAGUGCUCAGACUUCUCCCUGGAACUGGCUAGGACAGCUAAACCCUACAAAGUAGAACCUCUUAUAAGCAUUGUUGUCUUUCUGCAGGGGUUUCACUGGUUUAGAGUGAUCUGGGAAUCUCUGUCACUACCAGAGCUGGAUGCUGCCUUACUGAGCAGUCAGGAUGUGUGGUUCCCCAUCGUGUCCCUGAUUCUCUUUCUUUUUGGGACAGGCAUUGCCUAUUGGAGUGCAGUAUUUUUCUCUGCUUUUCUGAGACUGUUCUCUUCAUUGUGUCUGAUGAGACCUAAUGUACUUCAAAAAGAUAAGAAGUUGGUUUCACCCAGAAGACUUUGUGAGGUGUUAUCCCUUGCUUUGGUUAGCUGGACCAUUUGUGGUGCAUUUGCUGUACUCAUUGUUUAUCUUCAGUAUGUAUUUAAGGUUGUAAAACUACACGUGACUGUAAGAGCAGAACAAAACAUGCUUAAUGGGGGUUCACACAGCUCAAAAGAAACCUCACAGAACUCCACUGCACAAGCUGUGCAAAACCAGAGUGUGAGGGGCAGUACCUCAGAAGCAACACAAUCUCCUUCCAAGAGUGCAACAACUGCUGAAGCCAUUGACAGUCUUAAGAUGCACGUUACAAUCCUCAAUUUAUUCACAUGGAUUGUGCUGCUCAACUUGCCAUCUUUAAUUUAUUGGUUCAAAAAUCUCAGGUACAAUGUUAGACUUGAUCCUGAUCCAUGUAGAUGUACAGCUAUUAUCCUUGUAUGCAUUUUAGAAAUUCUUAUGGAUUCAAGUGCUUCUGAUGUGAAAUCAAGUAAACUCUUGAAGAUUGCAGCCAAAGUUCCACUCCCCUUGUCUGUUGCAAUGUUGGCUUUCGGACGGACGCACUUAUACAAAGUACCACACUUUGUAACCUUUUCCCUUCUUCUCCACCUGCUGUGUUGCGUGGUGUAACAUUCCUUACACAAAGGAGGAAGAGUGCCACCUGGAAACUUAAUCCUGGAGAUGGGGCAAAUUCCAGCAAAGAAAUGCCUGAAUUAACACCCCCAGGAGUUGACAUUCUGUGGGGCAGAGGGCAGAACUCUGGGCCCUUCAUGAGAAGUCCGUGGUUCUCUUGGUGUUGCUUAGGAAGCUCUCCAUGGUUUUUAUUUCCUGACUGUGAAAAUGAAGUGAAUUGACUGUGUGUAAGCACAUAAAUCACAUUAGUGUAACAUCUCAGUACUCAGUUGGCCUUGUUGACACUUGGAUAUUUCACUUCUUUUGUGGGAACAGACUUUUUUUAACUCCUGUGUUCUGAACUUGCAUCUCUUGCAGGUCUGAGUUAUGCUGGUUGAAACUCAAUGCAUUUCAAGCACACUGUGACUGUCACA